CCAUGCACAUAGGCAUAUUGUGAUACAUUUUCUACUUUUUUUUUAACUUUACUUUGUAGGAGCCCUAUAUUUAGCCUGGUUUAACUCAGGCAGGAAAACUAAGUUGGGAAAGAAUUGAAGGAAGUCCAGUGGUCAUUUAGACAAACAAAGCUCACACACAGGGCUCUCCGCUGGCUGAAUACACAACGUCAGUGUAUGUAGCUGAAAAAGACAAAGGGCUUUAGAGGAGAGAAUCUGAGAGACCAUCUGAAAGGAAGUUAUGCUGUGUGUAGCAGUUUUCUGGUUCCAAAAUUAUUCUGUUUUUUAGGAGAUAAAAAAAUGGAUUGACUCAAGGAUGUCUUCAAAGCUGGAGCUUGACUUGUAUGGAUAAUUCCUGGUUAUAAAGUGAGCUUUUAGGGUCUGCUGUGUAUCUGCUUCUGCCAGGAAAUCCCUGAAAGGUAGAAAGACCUCCCUCUGUAUUCUCACCAUUGUGGAAGUAUGGGAUCAUCCGCUCUGGGCAAAGCAGCUUCUCUUGAUGCACUGCUAACUGAAUGCAUUCAUGCAUUCGAUGAUAACGGGGCUCUCCAUGCCAACCUGCUUCCUCGUACCCUGCUGCUAAUGCAUCGCUGGUAUAUUACAUCCUCUGAGCUGGCAAAAAAGCUACUGAUGAUUUAUCGUGACUGCAACGAUGACAACCGCAAGAUGACCAGGCUGAAGAUAUGCUAUUUCAUGAGGUACUGGAUAGUGACCUUCCCUGCAGAAUUCAACCUGGAUUUGGGACUGAUCCAGAUCACAGAGGAGUUCAGGGAGGUGGCCGCUCAGCUUGGUUCUGAGGAGCAUUUUAAACUCAUCGACAUCUCAGCCAUUCCAUCAUAUGAUUGGAUGCGGAAGCUGACCCAGAGGAAGAAACAAGCAAAGAAAGGGAAAGCUUCACUGCUGUUUGACCACCUGGAGCCUGUGGAGCUGGCAGAGCAUCUCACCUUCCUGGAGUUUAAGUCUAUCCGGAGGAUAUCAUUCACUGACUAUCAAAGCUAUGUGAUCCAUGGUUGUCUUGUGGAAAAUCCAACUUUGGAGCGCUCCAUCGCUCUCUUCAAUGGCAUCUCACAAUGGGUCCAGCUGAUGGUGCUUAGCAAACUCACACCUCAGACCCGAGCAGAGGUUAUCACCAAAUACAUCCAUGUGGCUCAGAAACUCUUGCACCUGCAAAACUUCAACACUCUGAUGGCAGUGGUGGGAGGCCUGAGCCACAGCUCCAUUUGUCGACUAAAGGAAACCCAUGCCUACCUGGCUCCAGAGGUUCUGAAGAUUUGGAACGAGAUGACUGAGCUGGUCUCUUCCAACAACAACUACUCCAACUACAGAAAGGCCUUCAAUCAAUGCCGUGGGUUUAAAAUUCCCAUUCUGGGAGUACACCUGAAGGAUCUGAUAGCAGUGCACGUUGUCUUUCCUGACUGGGUCAGUGACAGCAGUAUGGUGAACCUGGUGAAGAUGCAUCAGCUUUACAUGACAUUCAAUGAGCUGGUGUCACUGCAGAGUGUGGUCUCCCAAGUGGAGCCCAACAUGGACCUCAUUUACCUGCUGACGCUUUCUCUUGACCUUUAUUACACAGAAGAUGAGAUUUAUGAACUAUCGUUGCUAAGAGAACCACGCAACCCCAAAUCACAGCCUACAUCUCCAACUACUCCCAACAAGCCUUUGGCCCCACUGGACUGGGCCUCUGGGGUCACCACCAAACCAGAUCCCUCUGUGGUCAAUAAACACAUCCGCAAAUUGGUAGAAUCUGUCUUCAGGAAUUAUGACCAUGACCAUGAUGGCUAUAUUUCACAAGAAGACUUUAGGAGUAUCGCAGCUAAUUUUCCAUUUCUGGACUCCUUCUGCGUUUUGGAUAAAGAUCAAGAUGGAUUAAUCAGCAAGGAUGAGAUGAUAGCCUAUUUCCUUCGGGCCAACCCUCUGCUCCAAUGUAGGAUGGGACCAGGAUUUAUUCACAACUUUCAGGAGAUGACCUAUCUGAAGCCAACCUUCUGUGAACAUUGUGCUGGAUUUCUCUGGGGAAUCAUCAAACAGGGCUACAAGUGCAAAGACUGUGGAGUUAACUGUCAUAAACAAUGUCGGGAACUGCUGGUUCUGGCCUGCAGGAAGCUAAUUCGCUCAGGCUCUCUAAGCAGUGUUUCUACAACCAGGAUGACCCACAGCUCUUUGCCCAACAGUCCAACACUGCCCACAUGUAAAGAUGAGGAUGAUGUAUUUGAUUUCCCAGCUGUGCCCCCAGCAGGUCCAGUUCCGGACCCUCAGUCCAUCACCCUGAUGACUGGCUCAGCACAAAGAAUAUCUGUGCGCCUGCAGAGGGCCACCACCAGCCAAGCCACACAGACUGAGCCCCUAUGGCCUGACCUGGGCUGGGGGUGCGCAGACAGCGGCUCCCACACUUUUCCUAAAAUGAAGUACAGAACUCACAGAAAAGAAACUAAAAAUACCGGUUUUGCCAGCUGGGAAAACAAUGAUAGACAGCAGCAUGGCGUUUCCCCUCAAAGCAGUGUGGACUAUCACAACAGGCCGGACAUCUGUGAGAGACGGAAUGGAGAAACAAACUUCGUGGAGGACAGCUGACUUGGCCACGGCAGUGAAGGCCGGGACCGCAAGACCACAGGGACCAGGAGGUUCUUCUCACUGGGGAAGACUUUGAGCUGCUUCAAGUCCCCGUUCAGUGACCUGAAGUUAUCUCACCCAUUCUAGAUCCAGCACAAGCUAGGCCCUGCUACCAGGAAGAGGCUCAGUGGAUAGUGAACACUUGAUGUGAAUCACAUGACCUGAGGACUUAAUAAUCCAGAGAAUUUAGAGUGAGGUUUGCUCAUGAAAAUAUGUUACAUGAGUAUUUACAACUGAAAGGAGAGCUAAAGAUAGAAAGCACACCAAUGUUCUUUGGACUCAGUUUAGUGGAUCAGUCUUUAAAUAAAACCCUAACUUUUGGACAGAAACCCCCUUAAAGGAGGUUUAGUAGUUCUUGUUGCUGAACAAUCAAGAAAAGCCAUAUGGAUCUAAGUGAAUGUAAAUAAUGUGUUUAUGUGGAGCUGCAAAUAAAGGGAUAAUAUUAUUACCAUCA